AUGGUGGUUAAGCCUGUAAAAACCAAGGAGGAUUUUGAUAGCGCCCUUGCAGCCGCUGGUGGCAAAUUGGUUGUUAUCGAUUUUUAUGCAGACUGGUGUGGACCAUGUCGCAAGAUAAGCCCAAAGUUUGAGGAAAUGAGUGAUGACCCAGAAUAUAGCAAUGUUGUCUUUCUGAAGGUCGAUGUUGAUGAAAAUAGUGAGACUACCGAAACCUGUGGUAUCAGGAGCAUGCCGACAUUCCUGUUUUAUAUUAAAGGGGAAAAGAAAGCAACAGUUAUUGGGGCUGAUGAAAGCAAACUUAUUGAAAACUUUAAGGAAUACAUGAAAAUAGCUGGGCAAGAUUAA